AUGGCCCACAGGAGUAGCACAGCACCUGUCUGCAGACUGAAGCUUGUGACUCUUCUAUUUGCCCUGAGUCCAAUCCUAGGAGCCGGAUUGAAGCUUCAAGACAAUGGGUACGAUGGAUUGCUUGUUGCGAUCAGUCCUCAGGUACCUGAGAAUCUGGACCUGAUUACAAACAUUAAGGAGAUGAUAACUGAAGCUUCCUUUUAUCUGUUCAAUGCUACCAAGAGAAGAGUGUUUUUCAGAAAUAUUCAGAUUUUAGUACCCGCUACUUGGACAGCUCAUAAUUACAGCAAAAUAAAGCAAGAAUCCUAUGAAAAGGCAAAUGUCAUAGUGACUGAGCAGAAUGGGGAACACGGGGAUGACCCAUAUACGCUACAGCACAGAGGGUGUGGAGACGAGGGGAAGCACAUCCAUUUCACUCCCAACUUCCUACUAAAUGAUGAGCUAGCGGCAGGAUAUGGCUCAAGAGGCAGGGUGUUUGUCCAUGAAUGGGCCCAUCUCCGCUGGGGUGUGUUUGACGAAUACAACAAUGACAAGCCGAGGUACAUAAAUGGCCAGAAUGAAAUUCAAGUCACAAGGUGUUCGUCUGACAUCACUGGAGUUUUUGUGUGUGAAAAGGGCCUUUGUCCCCAUGAAAACUGUAUCAUUAGCAAACUUUUCAGAGAGGGAUGCACAUUCAUCUACAACAGCACCCAGAAUGCAACUGGAUCAAUAAUGUUCAUGCAAAGUUUAUCUUCUGUUGUUGAAUUCUGUAACUCGAGUACCCACAACCGUGAGGCCCCAAACCUGCAGAACCGAAUGUGCAGCCUCAGGAGCACCUGGGACAUCAUUGCAGACUCUGAUGACAUCAGUCACAGCCCCCCUGUGCAUGGAGCUGAGCUUCCACCCCCUCCCACAUGCUCCCUCCUGCAAGCUGGGGACAAAGUCAUCUGCUUAGUGAUAGAUGUGUCCAGGAAGAUGGCAGAGGCAGACAGACUCCUUCGACUGCAGCAAGCGGCCGAAUUGUACUUAAUGCAGGUUGUUGAAAUCCACACAUUUGUGGGCAUCGUCACUUUUGACAGCAAAGGAGAAAUCAGAGCCCAGCUGCAACAAAUUAACAGUGACAAUGACCGGAGGCUACUGGUUUCCUAUCUGCCUACCACUGUGUCCACUGAAGAGGAAACGAACACCUGCGCAGGGGUUAAAAGAGGCUUCGAGGUGGUUGAGAAGAAGAAUGGAAGAGCUGAUGGCUCUAUCAUGAUACUGGUUACCAGCGGCACAGAUGAGCACAUAAACAACUGCCUGCCCACCGUGACGAGCAGCGGAUCCACCAUUCACUCCAUUGCCCUGGGUUCCUCUACAGUCAGAAAACUGGAGGAAUUAUCACGUCUUACAGGAGGUUUAAAGUUCUUCAUUCCAGAUAAAUCUCACUGCAACAGAAUGACUGAAGCUUUCAGUAGAAUCUCUUCUGGAAUGGGAGACAUGUUCCAGCAGAGCCUGCAGCUUGAAAGCGUGUGUGAAUCUGUGCUACCCCAGCACCAACUGACGAACUCUGUGACUGUGGAUAGAACUGUGGGUAACGACACGGUUUUCCUAGUCAUGUGGCAGACCAGCGGUCCCCCUGAGAUUGUAUUAUCGGAUCCUAGUGGAAGGAAAUACAACACUAGUGACUUUGUCAUCAAUCUGGCCUUCCGGACAGCUAGCCUUCGGGUUCCAGGAACUGCUAAGCAUGGGCACUGGACUUACACACUGAACAACACACACCAUUCUCCUCAAGCCCUGAAAGUGACAGUGACCUCCCGUGCCUCCAGCCUGGCCAUAUCCCCAGCCACUGUGGAAGCCUUUGUGGAAAGAGACAGCACCCACUUUCCUCAGCCGGUGAUUAUUUAUGCGAACGUGAGGAUGGGUCUGUACCCCAUUCUUAAUGCUACUGUGGUGGCAACAGUUGAGCCAGAGGCCGGAGAUCCCAUUAUGCUGCAUCUUUUGGAUAAUGGAGCAGGUGCUGAUGUUAUAAAAAAUGAUGGAAUUUACUCCAGGUAUUUUUUCUCCUUUGCUGUAAGUGGUAGAUAUAGCUUGACAGUGCAUGUCCUUCACCGUCCCAGCAAAACCACCCUAGCCCACUCUGUUCCAGGAAGCCACGCUGUGUAUGUACCAGGUUAUAUAGCAAACGAUAAUAUUCAAAUGAAUGCUCCAAAACAAAUAGGCCAAAGAGGCAUGAAGGAGCAGUGGGGCUUCAGUAGAGUAAGCUCUGGGGGAUCCUUCUCAGUGCUGGGAGUUCCAGUUGGCAGCCAUCUUGACAUGUUUCCACCAUGCAAAAUUACUGACCUGGAAGCCGUAAAAUUCGAAGAGGAUGUGAUCCUUUCUUGGACAGCGCCUGGGAAAGACUAUGAUCAGGGCCAGGCUACAAGCUAUGAAAUAAGAAUGAGUAAAAGUCUACAGCGGAUUCAAGAUGACUUUAACAAUGCCAUUUUAGUGAACACAUCAGAACUAAAUCCCCAGCAAGCUGGCACAAGGGAGAUGUUUACAUUCUCACCCAAGAUUGUCACCGAGGAACUUGAACAUGAACCUGAUGGAGAAAUGCAAGAAAACCACAUAGUAUAUGUGGCCAUGAGAGCAAUGGAUCAAAACUCCCUGAAGUCAGCUGUGUCAAACAUUGCCCUGGUGUCACUGUCAGCUUUCCCAAAGUCUGCUCCUACAUUUCACAGAGAAGACCUGAUACUGAAAGGAGUUUUAGUAGCAUUAGGUUUGAUAGCAAUCGUCUGCCUUGUUGUUGCUGUAGCACACUGUACUUUAAACAAGAAAAAGAGAGAAUCAAAGAAAGACAAUGUAACAAAAUUGCUAUGA